GUCGCGGCGCGACAACGUAUUCUAAAUUCAAAUUUAAAUAUAUUUUUAAUUAUAACGAGCCAGGUGUAACAUUAAAAUCGUUGUUAUAAAAUGGUGGGAAAAGUGAGUUUGAUAAUUUUAAUCGUCGCCUUAAUGGCGUCGGUUAUGGAUGGACAGACCUUGGGAGGUCCCAUGCAUGGGAAGGUGGUCGUGUGUUACGUGGCAACAUGGGCGGUGUACCGACCAGGUGAAGGGAAGUAUGGCCUAGCAGACUUGGAACCAUCGCUUUGCACGCAUCUCAUUUACUCCUUUGCUGGGCUGGACGAAUCUACGAACAGCAUCAAGAGUCUUGAUCCCUGGCAAGAUCUGGAAAAGGACUAUGGGAAGGCAGGUUACAAAAACCUUGUAAGUCUAAAAGCAAGAUAUCCGCAUCUAAAAGUAACCGUCGCUAUCGGCGGCUGGAACGAAGGCUCAUCCAAAUAUUCCGUCAUGGCAUCCAAGCCUGAAACUCGAGCGAAGUUUGUGCAGAGCGUAUUGUUCUUUUUGAAUACUUACAAGUUCGAUGGUUUGGAUCUGGAUUGGGAGUACCCAACGAAGAGAGGUGGAAACCCAGAAGACAAGGUCAACUACGUAGCUAUGGUGAAGGAAUUAAAAGACGCUUUCGAACCUUAUGGCUACAUCCUGACAGCUGCGUUGGGAGCUGGUAAAGAUACUAUGGAGAGUGCUUACGACCUUGCUAAGCUGAGUCGCUAUCUAGAUUUCAUCCAUAUGAUGUGUUAUGAUUACCAUGGAACGUGGGACAACUUGGUUGGAGCAAAUGCCCCUCUAGAUGGGAUUGGAGACGAAGAUUUCUUAAGUGUGAAAUACACCAUCGAAUAUAUGCUGUCCCAUGGCGUAAGUCCCUACAAGAUGGUUCUUGGCUUACCAAUGUAUGGUCGAACCUUCAUCUUGAGCAAUCCGAAUGUCAAACACAUUGAAUUCGGCGUGACACCAACAAAAUCUGUCACAUUCGCUGGACCUUGGACCAGGGAAGCUGGAUUCAUUGGAUACAACGAGGUCUGUGCAGAAAUUACUAAUAAGUCAUCCAAAUGGACUCAACAUUGGGAAGAUCGAACAGCAACACCGUAUCUUCGAGACGGCGAAAGAGUUAUUGUGUAUGAUAACCCAAGAUCUAUUGCUAUUAAAAUAAAAAUGGCGAUUGACUAUGGUCUUGGAGGGCUCAUGGUGUGGAGUAUAGAUACUGAUGAUUUUAAAGGUGCCUGCGAACCGGAACCUGGAGCGUAUCAGGACUUUGUGGAGCGAUACAACAACAUGGUGGAUGAUCCUCUCUUGCAAGAGGCUUUAAAGAAUCUUAAUUUACCAGAUGCAAACCGGAUAGAGAAUUUAAGCAGACGUACUUCAUACGUUAUGUCAAACAACAAACUCCAUCUCCGACUGCCAGAACCUGAAUUCUCCAACUACCCAUUAAUGCGAACCAUAAACGAUGCAACAACAAUUGCGUUAGAAGAGAAAAGAAUAUUGGACGAAAUGAAGGCGAUAACGAGAAAGAAUGAGAUAGGUAAUAAUGAAGAUGAAAAAGGUUCAGCGAAGGUAGUAGCCGGUAGUGUCGUGUGUGUUCUGAUCUGUGUUAUGUUUGCUUUCAAGCUAUAUUGACUUGAUAUUCUGUGAUUCGUUUAGUUCUUAAUUUUAAGACUUCCAUAACAUCCAGUUAUUGUAUUGAAGGACCAGCGGGCUUAGACAAAUAUUAAUAAUAUAAAUCAUAAUAUCUCUAUUGAAGUAUUUUUGUCCAUACAAAGAUCACACAACAAUGGAUACACGCAUAGCCUAUCCCAAUCAAGAGGAGUAUAGUGAAAUAAGCGUUUGACAUUGAAUUGACUUGAUAUAUUUGGUCGGGGUUUCGAAUAAUCUAUGGUAUUCAGUAUAGAUUCAUUUUUUUUACUUUAUAGGUAGGCGGACGAGCAUAUGGGCCACCUGAUGGUAAGUGAUCACCAACGCCCAUAGACAUUGGCAUUGUAAGAAAUCUUAACCAUCGCUAAACCCCAUCAACCUUGGAAACUAAGUUAUGUCCCUUGUGCCUGUAAUCACACUGGCUCACUUCCCUUAUCAAACCAGGACAUAACAAUACUAAGUACUGCUAUUUUGCUGUAGAAUAUCUGAUGAAUGGAAUAAUUGGCAUUUUGAAUCUCAGCGAAGUUGUUAUCGAAUCUCUGGGAGUAACAGUGGAUAUAAGUACUUUUGUGACUGAGUAUCGAGUUAUAAAUAAAUCAUGAUUUGUUUGUAGUGUUAUUAGCAGAGCUAUUAGCAAAACGCGUGGAAUAUGUUAAUCUAAGAUUUGUUUAUCUGUACUCCUUCUUCGAUUGAGAUAAUGUCUACUUUUAAUUGACGUGUAGUGUACUUUUAUAAAUAAGGUUAAUUUUAUAUACAUAAUCAAUUCAAUAAAUUAAUACAAAAAGUGUAUUACUAAUAAGAGUUGUUUAGGGAGGUAAUUAACAAUGCUGCCUUCUUCUUUCGAAUGUCAAAUCAAUGAUGACAGAAAGAGAGAAAUGAUUUAACUAAGUACCCAACGUUUAUAUAAGUAAGACCGAUACUGUUUAUAUGUAAAGAUUUUUUUAAUGAAGUACGAUAGCUUAGCUUAUAUUUCCAUUUAAUUAAAAUAUUCGAUUACAUUCUAUUAAUGGUUUUGUAUGUAAGAACUUGAAUUAAACUAUUUUUAAGACUAUUAUUAAAUAUGUUAUUUGAACUUGAAACUCCGAGUUUGAAACUUGAAUGACAAACUUUUUACAUUAAUAUUCGUUCGUUGCGAGAAUACGUUCCUGACAAUUCCUUGAUCAAAUGAAUAAUGUAACUUUGAUCGCCACAUAAAUUUUUUUUCAAUUUCACGAUAAAAAUAUAACUCUAUUUCAUUUGGCAUACUCAUGAAUAAUAUGAGUAAAAACUAAAUACGAAAAAUGUUGUAAUUUUGAAUUAAAUUUAAUUAUUAACAAAUAAAUAAGACAAUCAUUUUUUGAAGGCCGUACAAUGUUAUGUCAACGGUUUAUUUAUUUUGUGUCACGAGUCAAGAACUGACAGACGUCAUACAUUCGGGCUUUAGUAAUUUGAUGAGCGAUUGGUGAUGUUGAUGGGAGAUAGCAAAUAACUCCCAAAGUAUAAUAACAUUGUUGUUAAAAAGAGGACAUAUACAUGAAACACAACCUUAAAAUUGCGUAUCUGUUUUUUAAUGUAUUUAACGUUUCUAGAAAUGGAUAGAACGACAUUGUGUUUAAAAUUAAUGUAGUUAAGGCUUAUU